CAAUGUGGGCUGACAUCUCAAAGUACAUCAGCGGUCAUCGGGAUCGGAUCUCUGCUGUUGAUCUGACAAACUACAGAGGACAGUCGAAGAUCAUCUAGUGUGAUUCGGGGACUUAGAGGAUUUAGGCUACCUGUUACCGACGACCGCGGAUCUGGAAUGUACCUGAAAGUGGUCUGCCUGUCUUUCCUUCUUAUUGAAGCCUCCUGUUUCACUGAGUUUGAGAUUACUGUGCCCAGAGGUCCUGUCACUGGGUUUUACGGAGAGGCGCUGAUCCUUCCCUGCACCUUCCCUGUGGACUCGUGGGAUCUCAGUAGCACUGUUAUUACCUGGCAGCGUGAGCUGGACGUUGUUCACAGCUUCUACUACAGUCGGGACCAGCUGGACCGUCAGAAUCCUCACUAUAGUAAACGCACCAGCCUGUUCAUCCAGGAGAUGGCAACAGGAAACGCAUCACUCAAACUGGACAGAGUCACUCUGCAGGACGCUGGUGUUUACACCUGUUCCAUCAGCACAAACACUGGCAGCCAGAAGAAGAGUUUUAGAGUGAAUAUUGCAGCGUUCUUCUCUGAACCUCGUCUGCAGUUCUCCAUGUUAACUGAUGGGGUCAACCUUCUAGUGACAUCAGAUGGGGGUUACCCGUCUCCUAAACUGCAGUGGCUGAUGGAAAACUCAGACAUCACUAACCAAACACAAACACACCUCAUGAAGGACACACAAACAGGACUUUACAGUGUUUCUAGUUGGAUAAAUGUCACUGAAAUCAGAAACUCCUCUCUGACAUUUAUACUGCACAACAAACCUCUGGGACAAGACAUCAGGAGAGAGAUCCUGCUGUACUCAGAAAAGACAAUGAGAGAAGGACAGGCAACACACAGAUGGCACAUAUUGAUCUCUGUUAGUCUGCUGCUGAUUGUGAUUAUUUUGUGUUUAUUGGUUGUGUUUUUCAUUAGAAGAAGAAGAACGAAACAAACCAAACAAAAUGGCUUACCUAAUGAUGUACACAAGUUUCAAAUUUCAGCAAGUUCCUUUGCAAGCAUGCAUUAUAAUGUGGUUUGACCUAACGAGAGACAUAAUGAGAGAUCACCAUUGGAUAUUUCCAAAUUUGAUAUGUUUAAUGGUCUUAUUUUCAUCCAACAAACCAUCUGUAAUACAUACUGCUUCCUUCUGAGUCUGAAACUCAAACUGAAUGAAAAAGUCCAUAAUGGGUUCUGUUACUUACAAAACCAUUUCAUUUAGCAGUAAUCAUAUUUGAAACUUAAAGACUUUCUGUGAUUUGCAGACAAUAGCAUUAUAUUUAUUUUUACAUUGUAUGUUAUUUCAUAAGCCUGGCAGCUUUUAACAAACACUCAAUGUCUUGUCAAUAAUAAUCAAUUUUCUAUGUAACAUUUCAGUCCAUAGUGAUCUGUAUUACAGAUAAUUCACUCCCAAACAAAAUGGCCAGAUCUUCUUGGGUGCUAAACUGACACAAAAUGUUAGAAUUGCAGGGUUUUUUUGUAUUACUGUUAUUCACAAUGUGUGGAUGUUAAGUUUGUGCACUAUUUAUUGAACCCAUGCUUUACACAAAUGUAUGUGUUUUUAGAUUGUGAGUUAGGAUGUUUUCAUUUAUUUAUUUUACUGUUAACUAUGUUAACUAUGUCAUUGUAUUGAUUAUAUUGUUCUCACACAAUCUAGGUGCUCCUAAGAAAACACUUUUCUUGUGUAAAAAAAAUAAAAUAAAAUGUACAUUUCCAUACCA